AAGAUAGUGCAAGGGUACCAUUGAUAAGAUAGUGCAAGGGUACCAUUGAUAAUACAUAGAGGGGGAAAUGAACCGUGCGACGUGUGGUAUAUGUGGCCAGACGCGAGUCAUACAUACUCAAUACUCCAAGUCGAUCCUUUAGAAACAAUCAGUUAUCCACGCCUAACAAUUCCCCUUGCCGGAGCUUCCCAGCGCCUGGCUGCUCACUGCGCUCAAUAUACAUGACUGGGAAACCAUGAAAUUGAAUGAGGAUAUGAUGUCAAUCACCUUAGUUUUACCUUGUAAUUGGGUUUUUUCAUAAGGGUUUUACUUUUUAUUUUAAACCCUGAAUUAUUAUAUUAUCAAAAUGCAAGGUUUAAGCAUUAGGCCUUUGACAGGGGACUUUUUGGAAGUGCCCCAAUUUGAGUUUCAGCUUGGUUUUGCUUCUUUUGGGUGUAUUGCAAGUUCUUUUAGAAGGAAAAAGUUGGAUCGUAUUGAUUCUAUUGUUAAUCUGAGGAGGUCUCCAUUGUUUGCUAACCCUAGGAGGUCUGAUUUUGAGUUGGGUAUUGGGAUUUUCUUUGGGUGUUCUAAAUUUGGACUUUUCCUUUCGGGCAAUAGGAGUAGUUCUGUCGAGAUGUGUAUUCCGGUGGGAUCGGCUUUGGAAGAACAAGGGAUUGGAAAUGGUGUUGGUGAUGAGAAUUCUGAUAAAAUUGAUGGGUGUUUGAAGGAAACCCGAUUUGAAGACGAUAGCGAGUUUCGUUUGAGUACUAAUAGUGAUGAUAUUGGGGGGGAAAUUAGAGAUGAAGUAGGAUUAGAGGGGAAGAAAUUGGAAAAACGAGUAGAUGUUCGUAGGCUGGCACAAAGUUUAGAGCAAGCUAAAUCAAUAGAGGAUGUGGAAGAAGUUAUGAAAGACAAGUAUGCAUUGCCUCUUCAAGUAUUUUCUUCCAUUAUACGAGGCUUUGGUCGAGAAAAGAAACUCGAGCCUGCGAUGGCUGUUGUUGAAUGGCUUAAACGAAGGAGUCAAGUGACCGAAGAUCUUGAUGGUCCGAACCUUUUCAUCUAUAAUAGCUUGUUAGGUGCUGUUAAACAGUCGGGAGAAUUCGAUAAAGUCGACAUUGUGUUGAAUGAGAUGGAGGAAGUUGGCAUUGCUUGGAACGUUGUGACGUAUAAUACUUUGAUGGGUAUAUGUUUGGAUAAAGGUCAAGCAGUCGAGGCUCUUGAUUUGUUCGAGGAAAUUAGUAGGAAGGGACUAUCUCCUUCCCCUGCUUCAUUUUCCACAGCCUUAUUGGCUUUUCGACGAAUGGAAGAUGGAAUCGGGGCAUUGAACUUUUUUCUUGCUGUCAAAGAGAAGUAUAUAAGUAGAGAACUCGAGAAAGAUGAUCAUGCAGAUUGGGAUAACGAGUUUCGUAAGUUAGAGAACUUUACAAGUCGUAUAUGCUAUCAAGUAAUGCGCCGAUGGCUUGUUAAGGAUGGAAACUUUACCACAAAUGUUUUGAAAUUACUUAUAGAAAUGGACAAAGCGGGACUUCCUCCAACGCGUGACGAGUAUGAGCGGCUUAUAUGGGCUUGUACUCGUGAAGAACAUAUCACCGUUGCUAAAGAGCUGUAUAAUCGAAUAAGGGAAAGUUAUCCUGAUAUAAGUUUGUCAGUGUGCAAUCAUAUCAUCUGGUUGAUGGGCAGUGCUAAGAAAUGGUGGGCUGCUCUCGAGAUUUAUGAAGAUUUGUUGGAUAAGGGGCCAAAACCGAACAAUUUGUCAUAUGAGCUGAUUGUAUCUCAUUUUAACAUUUUGCUUAGUGCUGCGAGCAAACGAGGGAUUUGGAGAUGGGGGCUAAGGUUGUUGAACAAGAUGGAAACGAAGGAUUUAAAACCGAGAAGUAGGGAAUGGAACGCUGUUCUUAUCGCUUGCUCCAAAGCUUCGGAAGCUACUGUGGCUGUCGAAGUAUUCAAACGAAUGAUAGAGCGAGGCGAAAAGCCAACCAUCAUCUCGUAUGGAGCAUUGCUUAGUGCCCUUGAGAAGGGAAAGUUGUAUGAAGAAGCUGAACGGGUGUGGGAGCAUAUGCGAAAAGUCGGUGUUCAACCGAAUAUACAUGCCUACACCAUCAUGGCUUCAGUUUAUGUUGGUUUUGGGAAAUUCCAUCUUGUUGAAUAUAUCGUUCAAGAAAUGGUUGCAACAGAAAACAACCCGACAGUCGUUACUUUCAAUGCAAUCAUCAGUGUGUGUGCGAGAAACGGUUUGGGUGGUGCUGCUUACGAGUGGUUCCAAUGUAUGAGAAGUAUGAGCAUUGAACCGAAUGAAAUCACAUACGACAUGUUGAUCGAGGCUCUUGUGAAAGACGAAAAACCAAGAUUAGCUUAUGACUUAUAUUUGAGGGCGAUACACGAAGGGCUGAAUCCGUCUUGUAAGGCGUAUGACGCGGUUAUCGAAUCCUCGACUGCAAUGGGUGCUACUAUUAAUUUAAGUGCUCUUGGACCAAGGCCAUUAGAGAAGAAGAAAAAGAUGGCUACAAGAAAGACUUUCUAGAGUUAUCCAAUGUGGAUGAUGCUCCUAUUCAGAGUGAAUCUUUUGUUAGAGAUGAAAUGUAAAGUUAUUGUUCUUCUAUUUGUGCCCUUUUCUGUACACCUUAAGAAGUGAAUAUCCUCCUAUUCCUAGGAUAAUUUUUCAGAAUCUGACAUUUUUUUGUGAAGUGAAAUGUAUAUGGGCUAUUCGAUAUUAAAUGGUGGAAAUAAUAAUGAAAAAAUAGUAUAAUUUUGAUUUUGAUAGGAA